UGGCCCUCUUCUUAGCACUUCAGCCCACCUUCUUAAUUUCCCACAAAACCUUCGCCAAAUUCUCGAAACCCUUCUGCUUCCACAGAUUCCGAUCAGCCAGUAUGGCGGACCCAUCAAUUCCGGUGACCGGAAACAGCCCAGCAACAGGACAGAAUUAUCCAAUACCGCUCUCGCCUCCACUACCGGCCAUAUCCAAGAACUUGGAGCUCGCUAGGGCCAUGGCGGCCUCCUCUAAAUCCAGCCUCUUUGCUUUAUCAGCAACCGAUGUUAUAUUCGAGGACGAGUGGCUCAUUGCUGUAAAUAAGCCCCAAGGGGUUUACUGUGAAAGCGUUUUGGCCUCUGUUCCUCGUCUUCUCGGUGAUUCGGCCAUGGCUGGUGAGCAGAGUGGAGGUACUACAACUCUCUGCCUUUGCUUAGCUCGGAUCCAAAUCAGCUUGCCCGAGCUUCAUCUUGCUAACCGCCUUGAUCGUGACACAAGUGGGGUGAUGGUUAUAACUAAGUCGCAUAAAGUUGCUUCUAAAUUGGUGAAGGCAUUUACUGACCACAAUGUUUCAAAAUCAUAUAUUGCCUUCUGUGUUGGCUCUGCUCCGAAAUGGAAAAAAAUCAAUGUCAAAUCUGGUCAUGGAAGGUCAAAGUUUGGGGUCUGGCGUGUCUAUGCUGCAGCAGAUGUGGGUCGCUCCUUACCUGGCGGUUCGGUGGUCAGAGACAUGGAAACCUAUUUUGAAGUACUGUCUGUAAAUGGACAAAGCACCAUGGACGAACUUCCAGAAGUAAGGAAAGAUGAAGAAGAAACUAUUGUAGUCCAAUCGAAAUCUUUGAUAGAUAUUGAUGCCCAUAAGGACGAGAUCUUGAUUAGAGCACGACCUCGCAGUGGAAGAACCCAUCAAAUCCGCCUGCACUGCCAAUAUCUUGGAAUUCCUAUUAGAGGAGAUGUUAAAUACGAGGGUGUCAUUGAGUGGAAUGGAAAUAUUUAUGACAGCCAUGAGCUUCAUGCUGAGAGCUUGUUCUUUGUGCACCCUGUUACUGGUAUUCCUCUCAAACUGCAGGCUCCUCUACCAUCAUGGGCAAGUCAAGCAUUGCUGUCCCAACAACAAGAAGUGAGCUCUCCAUCAACCUUGAAGCAUGUGUCUUAACAAGAUCAUUGGCACAGCUAAAUGAGAACCAAAGAAUUUUCUUAUUAAAUGAAGAGCCAGCGAAUGCCGCUAUAGCAAAAUGGGCAAUGUUCAAUCAACUUCCAGCAAGUGCCACUAUGAACGGUGUUCUCACCGUUGGCUCCUUGUCUGCAGUUUCUCAUCUACACUUGAUAUUUCUGCUCCUUAUUGAAGCAGAGAUUUGAACGAGCUUUUGUGCGCACAGAAGUUUCUACGAAAAUAUCAGUAGAGUCGUAAACCAACCAACUUGCAGAAUUAAUCCUGAAUAUUUGAGAGGAUGGAUGCUCACAACAGGUUCUAGAAGGGAAAGAUGAAGUAUGCAUGUAUAAGGCUCAUAAAGUUGUGCAAAGCCCUUCGGGAAUGCAUCUUCUGCAGGCAUUUUAUUGAUUAAAUUUGUGUUGAAGCAGAAAAUUCUAUGGUUGGGAUGUUGUUGUUUUAUAUUGAGACUCAUUGUUAUUUC